UAAAGUUCUUGAUCUACAUAGACCGGUGCCCUUUGAGUAAGCUUACCCAGGCCUACUUCAGUGCUUAUUUGUUCUGUGAUUAAUAAAUUUUAGUUAAAAAAAAGAACUAAAUCUACAACAAAAGAUAAGCUUCAGGCAACGAUGGCAUUGAAUCUAUCAUCGGUAGCUACUAAAAAAAUUCUCAAUAAUGUUACCUCUAAAAUACCUCAGUUGUCAGCACUUUGUCUGAGACAGAAGUCACAAGACUCGCAUGAUGGACAUGAAGAUCAAAAGAGAGAACUUAUCAAUCAUUCUCGUGUUAGAGGAAUUGAUAUCUUGAGAAACCCAAAACUGAACAAAGGGACAGCUUUUACAUUGAAAGAAAGACAGCUGAUGGGUAUUCAUGGUUUAGUCCCACCGUGUGUUCGUACCAUGGAUGAACAGAUGAUUCGUGUCCUCACUAAUUUCUCAAAGAGAAGUAGUGACUUGGAUAGGUUUAUCUACCUCAUGGCUUUACAGGAUCGUAAUGAAAAACUUUUCUACAAGGUACUUUGUAACAAUGUGGAAGAGAUGAUGCCAAUAGUUUACACACCAACUGUGGGGCUGGCCUGCCAACAAUAUGGUGUUGUUUUUCGAAGACCUAGAGGUUUGUUUAUUUCAAUAAAAGACAAAGGGCACAUUUAUGAAAUUCUGUGUAACUGGCCAGAAAGAAAUGUGAAGGCCAUUGUAGUUACUGAUGGUGAAAGAAUUCUUGGACUGGGAGACUUGGGGGCUUAUGGUAUGGGGAUCCCAGUUGGAAAGCUCUCCCUUUACACUGCUUUAGGGGGUAUUCAUCCUUCAAAGUGUCUUCCUAUUCUCCUAGAUGUUGGAACAAAUAAUAAGAAACUUCAUGAGGAUCCUCUGUACAUUGGUAGAGCUCAGCCAAGAGUUAAAGGUCCUGAAUAUGAUGAGUUCAUUGAUGAAUUCAUGAAAGCUGUUGCAAAGAGGUAUGGAUAUAAUUGCCUGAUUCAGUUUGAAGAUUUUGGCAAUCAUAAUGCAUUCCGCUUUUUAGAGAAAUAUAGAAAUAAGUAUUGUACCUUCAAUGAUGAUAUUCAAGGUACGGCGGCUGUAGCUGCGGCUGGUGUGUUUGCAAGUCUCAGAAUUACAGGGAAACAGUUAACUGACAACAAAUUUGUUUUCCUUGGAGCUGGUGAAGCUUCAAUUGGAAUAGCUAAUCUCUUAGCCUUAGCUAUGACUGAGAAAGGCAUAUCAAUUGAAGAAGCCAGAAGUAAAAUUUGGCUUAUUGAUUCUAAAGGCCUCAUCACUAGUACACGUGCAGGGGGACCAAUAAGUGGUCCAAAAAAAGACUUUGUCAAGGAUUACAAGCCCAUGACUAAACUGGAAGACAUUGUGGAAGAUUUGAAACCAACAGUUCUGAUCGGUGCUGCUGCAUCACCUGGAGCGUUUAAUGAAAAUGUUCUUCGUUUAAUGAGCAAAUAUAACAAAAGACCAGUUAUUUUUGCCCUAAGCAAUCCAACCAGUAUGUCUGAGUGCACUGCUGAGCAAGCAUAUACAGUUACUGAGGGUCGUGCAGUCUUUGCUAGUGGCAGCCCUUUCCCCAAGUUUACCCUAAAUGGACAGACAUUCUAUCCUGGCCAAGGCAACAAUUCCUACAUCUUUCCAGGAGUUGCACUUGGAGUUGUGACCUGUGGUGUAAGACACAUCUCAGAUAUGAUCUUUCUAAGGGCAGCUCAAAAAUUAGCUGACCUGGUAACAGACGAGAAUCUUGCAGAAGGUCGCCUGUAUCCACCACUAAGCCUAAUCCAGGAUGUUUCUUUGAAAAUUGCCACUGGCCUGGCUGAGUAUGUCUAUGCCAACAACAUGGCUUCAGCUUAUCCUGAACCUGCAGACAAAGAAGCUUAUAUCCGCUCUUUCUUGUAUGACACCGACUAUGAAUGCUUUGAACCUGAGACAUGGGAUUGGCCUGAUGCCUAAUUGAAUAUAAAGUACAGUGAUUUUGUUUUUUAAAUAUUUGCUAGGCACAUUUCCCAAUAUCUGUUUUUGUAGAAAGUAGAUUUACUCAAAAAGUAUUGACAGUACAUUUUAUUAAACUAAAAUGUAGUAGCUGUAGAUGCUGCAGAGGAUACUAAAUGAUAAAAAUGUGUGUAAUCUACAUACAAUUUUUGUGUGCGUUCUUGAUAUGUUUGCCUGUAAACAAGUCAAGGCAUUUGAAUUUGUAUGUUCAGUGUCAUUGUUUUUAUGCUAAAUUUUAAAAAUAAGGUUUUAAACAUAUGUAUAAAUUGUGUGUAUCACUAAUGAGUUACCUAACUAAAUGGAGUAUUUUACACUUAUAAUUAUAAAUUACCAAAAUAAUUGAGUAUUUUUUCAUUUGAUAUUUGGGCUGAUCAUUUUCUUAAAAUAUAUUUUUGAUGAGAAAUUGAAAUCAAUACAGAGAGAUUAUCAUUAUUAUACAUAAAUGUUUGUUUUUGUUUUAAUCAAGCUGCCACUUUAGUGUCAAGAUAUGUCACUUUUAGUCAUUGCUGUCAUUCUCAUUAUUAUGAUAAGUUUUUUUGUAAAUGAAGCCUGUAGAGAAAGUAAAAAUAAUGAUUUAGUACAGAUAUCAUAAGAAGCAGAUAAAUAGUUUGCCUGUUUUGUUUUUUUGCUUUCCCAUAUUAAGGGAUAACAUCGUCCUCAAUUCCCAGCCACCAUAUUCUAGUGCCAUGUCAGGGUGGGUAUUUGUUGGAGCUGGGUGGCACAUUAACAUCACACAAACACAAUACUGGGUCCUUGAUAAACCCAGUGGCUGCUGCACACUCUACCUCAUAAGUCUGCCCUUAGACACAAAUACAAUUUUUGAUCUUAUAUAAUGUUCUGAAUUGAGAAUUUAGACAAUCACAGUUUGUUUCAUUACGUUUAUUUUUUAUAUUGACCUCCUUGUCCACAAUUACUUUUUUCAAUAUUUUAUAGAAUUGUUAAUUUAAAAAAAUAAUUUCUAGAUUAACUAGAAUAAAUUCAUUUUAUAACAUAUUAUAUUAUUUUCUUUAAAUAUCUGCGCUUUUGGAAAAAAAAACGCUUGGUAUGAAUUAUCUCCACAAUAUUUUUACAAAUUUACUGUUUUUAUCUUUACUAAAUUGUAAGAUUAGAUAAAUAUAAAUGUAGAUAUGUAGAUUAGUUAAAUCCUUUUUUCCCCACAACUUUCAUGCCACAAGAUAUUAACUGGCAGCUUUUAAAUUUGAGUUAUGUCAGUAUAUUAACUACUGAGUUUAAUAUAUAACAAAGAAAGGCACAUCACUUGAUUUCCUUCUACAAAACAUGACAAUGUUAUACUGAUUAGACCAAGACAAACUACUGUUUUAUAUUUGUUUAAACUUCAUAUCAGGCUAUAUUUUAAUUAAGUUAAUUGCAAUGCCUAUUCUUAUAAUUCUGGAAUAAGCUCAGUAUAAUUUGUGUAUAUAAGGUCAUAUUUUUCUGUGAUUCUUCUAAAGUGGUGUUGAAUGUAAAAUGUGUACUGUUAUUAACUUGUAUAUGUACAUUAUGGUUAUUCAAGUUUUUGUUAGAUGAUAAAAACUUGUUUUAAAAGAGAUUAUAUAUGUAAAAAAAAAUGCUAUUGACAAUUUAUGAUCACUAGGAACGACUAUACUUAGGCUUUCAUUUGUUCAGUUGAUUUCAUAUUUACCAAAUACAUUUUAAUGUUUAACUUACAAUUGUAGUACUUUUUAUUAUAAAUAUUUCAUUUUAAAGAUUAAUAAACAAAGAUCAAAUAUUCAUUAAAGAUCACAAUUUUGUGGUUAUUUUUUUUUACAUUUCUUUUAUUUGCACAAUUAAGGAACAUAGAUUUCAGUAUGUUAAAUGCUCAAUUUUAAUUAUGUUAGAAGAUUUAACAAAAAUUUUAAUAAAUUAGUUUGUGCAGAAUAUUUUGAGGAAAUAUCUGAAUAUUUCAUAAAUAUUUUACUUUUCAAACUAUAUUGUAAUAAUUAUAAUCAAUGAUUUUGUAUUACUUUUUAAGAAGACUAACUAACCAUCACCUAAUAAUUGUGUAAAAUAAUCUAAUGCUUAUUAUUGUAAUGUGAAUCUGUCCUGUGUAUAAGCGUUAGUAGAUUACACCAUUGAUAAAAGUUUAAUCUACCAGUUCGGUAAUUUAACUCAUUUUAAUCAUGUAAUUGAGUAUGAGGAUACACUAGCUAAAAAUCUAUCUUCUUUUGACCAUUACCAACAACAACACUGUUGUAGUGUGCUUUAUGGAAUGAUCUCAUUAUUUUUAUUUAUGUUAGUUGUAACCCUGAUCAAAACACACAAAAAGUAUUUUAUUUUUUACAAGUUGGUGGUGGAAAUGUAAUGAUUUUUUUCUAUAAUUUUAUAGUUAUGGCCAAAACAUUUUUUAAAAUAAUGGCAUACCAUGGUAAAAAAAACUGCCAAUAUAAUCCUUGAAUCUCUAGAUAUUAACUCCCCGUAAAAUGUGUGCAUAUUGUCAAAUUUCAGUAUCCGAGUAAAAUACGAAAC